AUGAAAGAUGCUGGAUGUGCAGAUGAGGGCCACACUCGAGCGGGUGUCACCACUGCACGAAAAGCAAUUCGUCUAUCAGGCGGUAAUGUCUACCGAGAUUUCUUUGCAUCGCCUCAUUCAGCAGUUAAAGAGGACGUUGAAGACAAAGCAAUCGUGUUUUUAGAUUUUAAAAGAGCUUUCGAGAUAGUUGAUCGAAAAAUAUUACUGGACAAAUUUCAAAAAUAUGGUAUAGUUGGCAAUGGGUCGAAAUGGUUUGAAAGUUUCUUGAACUGUAGAAAGCAAAAGACAUGUGUAGGUAAAGAAUUGUCAGAGUCAAAUUUUAUUAAUAAUGGAGUCCCUCAAGGUACAAUACUAGUUGUUUUAAGUUUCCUUUUGCAUAUUAAUGACAUCAAAUUAACGAACGACUUAGUUCGUUCCUGUAAAAUAAUUUUGUUUGCUGAUGAUGCUCUAAUUUAUAUUGUUCAACGUGGUGUUGAUGAAUGUUGUGUUAAAAUGAAUGAAGACCUAAAUCAUUUGUUUUCAUGGUUGUGUAUGAACAAACUGAAGCUUAAUCCCGAUAAAACCAAAUAUAUGGUAAUCAAUGAUAGAUCCAAUAGUGCCAUUAAUGUGGAAAUUGGAGGUACAAGCAUAGAAAAAGUUGAUUGUAUGAAGUAUUUGGGAGUACUGAUAGAUAAACAUGCAGAUGAUAUAAGCAAUAAAAUAGCUAAGAAAGUCGGAUAUUUGGGUCGAAUAAGAAACCAAAUCACAUUAAAAUGUGCAAUUACCAUUUAUAACACCACAAUACUACGACAUUUAGAUUAUUGUUCAUCCUUAUUGUUUUUAUGCAAAGAAGGUAAGAAAGAUAAAUUACAAGUGUUACAAAAUAAGGCAAUGGGUAUUAUAUUAAAAUGCAACCGAAGAAGUAAUAUUAGAAUACGUAAGUUUUCAGUGAUAGGAGCUCCUCUUGAAGAUAAAUUCUGUAAAGCAGAGGUUAAUUACAUUCGUUUUAUAAAAUACAGAACUUGA